AUGCCUCAACCUUUAUCAGUUUCUCAAAGAGUUGCGGCCAUAGUCGUUUCGGAGGCUACGAUUGCCCGCAUAUCCGGAAACGCACCAUAUCGUUCAAAGGACAUCUGCCUCCGGCUUUUAGGCAUCAUAACCGACCAUAACGACUUAACAGCGUUUGCUGGUGCUAUCGGCAGGCGGAUCCAGCUUACCGAGGUGUCCCUCGUCGAAAAUCCCGAAGAGCCCAUGACCACCGAAUCCAGGGUAGUCUGCGAGUUGCAAGUCACAGAAGAUAUGGUGAAUCUUGAGGGGAAUCUUCACGGGGGUUGCUCAGUAUACUUGGUCGACGUAUGCUCGGCGUUACCCCUCUCUGCCUGGCGCGCGGGCCAUCAAGUAGCACGCAGUAACGCCGACGAAAGGCAAAUGGGUAAUUUCAGCGGCGUCUCACAGUCGAUCAACACGACGUUCCACACGCCCGCCCCGCUAGGGACAAAUUUGCAAGUGAUCAGCACUUCUAUGAUAUGCGAGGGUGCACUUUUGUGCGCGAGGUGUCAGAUAUGGGACAAGGAUAACCACACAUUGGUCGCGUCUGGCCUGCAUCUAAAGAUGAUGCCUUCUCAGCCGAAACCACGAAUGUAA